AUGGCAGCAAAUGGUUCAUUGCCACACCCGAUGCGGACCCGCGCAAGAACAGGCAUAAAAGUGAUCAUCGUCGGCGCCGGAUUUGGAGGUCUCUGUGCGGCAGUGGAAUGUUUCAAGCAAGGCCAUGAUGUCGAAAUCUUCGAAGCAUUCCCCGAGCUCAAAGUUUUGGGCGACAUCAUCAGUUUUGGUGCCAAUGCAGGCAGGAUUUUCCGAAGAUGGUUCACUAGAGACGGCAGAAGGAUACCAGAUAUUCUAAGACCACUGUCGAUUGAUCUCCAGAAUUACGGCUUCAACAUCCACAAGUUUGAUGGCGAGCUGAUUAUGAAUCAGAAGGGUCCGCCACCAGAUCCCGAGGCGCCGGUUUUCAAUGGCCAUCGCGGGGAGUUUCACGAAAUAGUGUUCAACUACGUCAAAGAUGACCUGGAGAUACCAAUACAUCUGGGCUGUCGGAUCUCCAAGUACUUCGAGGACUCCCGAGCUGCUGGUAUCGAGCUCGACACAGGCGAGCGAAUUAGCGCCGAUGUGGUGAUUGGUUCUGAUGGCGUUCGAUCGACAGCACGAGAGCUGGUCCUAGGCUACUAUGACAAGCCCAAAUCAUCUGGCUACGCUGUCUUCCGCGCCUGGUUCACUAACGAAAGGAUGAUUGCGGAUCCUGAGACUCGGCGUUUCUGUGAGAACGGCGACACGUUUAAUGGUUGGAUUGGGCCAGACGUCCACUUUCUCUUUUCCACCAUCAAGAAUGGAAGCGAUUGCUGCUGGGUUCUUACGCAUGUAGAUGAGGCUGACAUUGAGGAGUCGUGGUCAUUUCCAGGCAAACUCGAGGACGUGUAUAAAGUUUUCCAAGGCUGGGAUCCACUUUGCAAACGGAUAGUAAGCAAGACGCCUGAGGAUCGGAUUGUGGAUUGGAAGAUUGUCUAUCGGGAUCCACUUCCGCGAUGGAUAAGUGACGAGGGCAGAACUUCAUUGCUUGGCGAUUCUGCGCAUCCGUUCCUACCGACCUCGGCACAGGGUGCAACUCAGGCGAUGGAGGAUGGCGUUACGAUAGCCAUUUGUCUGAGGGAAGCCGGCAGGGAGAACGUGCAGGCUGCGCUCAAGGCGUUCCAGGACAUCCGAUACGAGCGCGUGAAAGCUGUGCAAAAGACUGGGGAGACUACGCGGGACAUGUGGCACAAAGCGGACUGGGAUACGGUCAAGAAAGAUCCUGAUAGCAUUGGCCUUCCGCGCGAAGAUUGGAUCCAUAUGCACGAUGCCGAAGAGCAUGCCGAGGGAAUUGUUGCUGCAUCUAUCGCCAAGUUCUCCGGACCAGUGGCAUCGCUGUAACGCGUCCAAAUAUCUUACAGAAUCCCAAGAAUCCACCCGUAGAGAGACGUGGUUGACAGUCAUAGUAGAGCCACAGUCUGAUCUACCAGCGUCGAUAACGUCUCAUUUUCGCAAGUCCGUGCCUUUCUUCAAAUUACCCCUUUCUGCUACCUCGUCUUCAAUCCUCUGCAUCAGAUAGAUAGGUAGUCGUGCCGAGACCAUAAGCGGCUCUUAGGAUGUUGCGCUCUUUCACAAUUGCUGCCUCCAUAACGUUCUUCCGAGCCCAGUUUCGAUAUUGUUUGCGGUCACGGUCUUUCAGUUCCAGCAAUUCCUGUCCACGAUUGGCGAGCCGCUCUUUGCGCUUGCGUGCCUUCUGCUUGCGUCUCUUUCGGAUCUUCUCGUCUUGACGUUGCCGCUGCGCCUCGGAAGCCGUGGAAGCCGCUUCAUUCUCGAGUUGCCUCUCCGGCUCCAGGGUGCCACCAUCAGUAGUUCUCUUCAUGCUAUGCAUCUCGCGCUUGCACGAGCUCUCUGAUGGACGCGCAUCUUUGCCUCCUUGCUUCGACUGCUGUGCGCUUGGUGGGCCGACCUCCCG